GGGGCGUCAGUCCGUCUCAGAAACGUCGCACUAUGGGAAGGCGCGUGACUCUUUAGAAUCUAUCAGUUGCCGGUCGGAGUAUGACCAUGCGAGGAAACACACGACCCGCCAUCAUACGCUCGGGAUUUAACCACGAAUCGUGAAUCGACAUCGAGACCACCACGCUGCUGAGCGUCCUCGGCACGCUCGCCUACGUGCAUGUUCUCACCGCCGCGAAGCACCACCAGUCUCCCCCGUGCCGCGCCCUGCGCAGAGGUCCUGUUCUCGCUAUGGUGCUCGUGGCGGAGUCAGUUGGCUUCGCGCAACUCACCGAGUCGGACGAGGGUGCUUCGAAGACAUGCUUCGAAGCUACCGGCGACAUAGCUCUCGGGAUCUACCAUCCCGAGAGCUAUGUCCCCGGUAGCUUCGAAGCAUGUCUUCGAAGCACGGUAGAUCCCGAGAGCUAUGUCGCCGGUAGCUUCGAAGUCGAACAGGCCAGUGGAGAAUCCAGAUCUCCACUGGAGAUCUGCGACGCCGCCGAGUUGGGUGCAGUACAGUUUCUUGGAGAGAUGGCCAAUGAACUCGAACAACUAUGCACCAGGGCAUCGGAGCUCCGGGAGGAGUAUCUCAAGAGCUGUCUCUCGUACCAGAGCAGUGUCCUCUACCUAUUGAAGGGAGGCCCCAUCAGACUCAUUCUCUGCCAACGCGCCAUCCAAGUCUUCCGAACUCGCACUGAG